AUGAAUACUAUCCGUUUAUUUACAUUUAUAUUGACCGUCACAACGUUGACGUCAGGAUAUGUCAUAAAACGUUUAAAAGACAAUGAUUUCACAUCAGUAACUAAACUAUCAACAGAAGCCCCGAGCGUUGCAAAAGUACCGGUUUCUACAGUCACUUAUUAUUUAUGUUAUGCAUACACUAAAUAUAUUGGUCCCUGCUCUUGUGAUACUUAUAGUACAAUUAUUGUAAAAGGCUUUACAGCUGAUGAUCUCGAAGACGUCUCUACUAAAUCCACAAACACCACAAGCAUCACAAAUGAGCCUCAAACUACAACUAUACUGGAUUUCACAGCUGAUAAUUUUGAAGACGUCUCUACUAAAUCUAUAACCACUACAAGCAUCACAAACGAGCUUCAAACUACAACUGUACAGGAUUUUACAGCUGAUCAUUUUGAAGACGUCUCUACUAAAUCUACAACCACCACAAGCAUCACAAAUGAGCCUCAAACUAUAACUGUAUCGGAUUUUACGGCUGAUGAUUUUGAAGACGUCUCUGCUAAAUCUAUGAUGAUCCCAAGCAUUACAAACGAGCCUCGAACUACAACUGUACAGGAUUUUACAGCUGAUAAUUUUGAAGACGUCUCUACUAAAUCCAAAACUACCACAAGCAUCACAAAUGAGCCUCAAACUACAACUGUACAGGAUUUUACAGCUGAUAAUUUUGAAGACGUCUCUAUUAAAUCCAAAACUACCACAAGCAUUACAAAUGAGCCUCAAACUACAACU